AACAGUUAAUGUUUCACUUCAUCAACUGUUUGUGUGAAUCCAUCUUAAAUGUUUCUUCAAUGCAAAUGAAAAAAGAUAGAAGAAAAACAUGUCAAAUUACAUACCAAGCUUCAACAAUGAAAGAAUCAAUCAACCUUCCUAUUGAAAAUCUCAUAAUGUGCAUUCCAAACGACGGUGGAAUCCAUGAUUCCAAUGUUUCACAGCAACGAUUUUGUGAAUCAAACAUUGAUUUGUUAAGAGAUUGUAAGAAUCAUUGCCUUAAUACUAUCGUUGAUUUUCCUUUGUCGGAUGAAAAUAGCCAAGAUUCGAAGAGUUAUCUACAUGGAUUUGGGAAGGUGAUAUCUGAUUCCAAGUAUCUAAAAGCAACUCAAAACCUACUUGAUGAUGUUGUUAAUGUGAAGAAAGCUAUGAAACAACACUGUAAACAUGAUUACAUGAACAAUUCCAAAGAAGCCUUGAUGAUAUCAGAAAACAAACUUGAUUCGAGACCAAUCUCAGCUGCUGAAAAACAAGAUUUACAGAGCAAUAUGACUAAGCUAACGUCUAUGCUGAAUGAGGUUGAUAGAAGAUACAAACAAUACUACCAUCAAAUGCAGAUUGUUGUAUCAUCAUUUGAGGCAAUUGCUGGAUGUGGGGCUUCAAUCCCCUACACCACACUCAUUCUCCAAACCAUAUCAUGCCAAUUCCGGUUCAUAAAAGAUGCAAUUAAAAGCCAGAUACAAGUCAUAUCAACAAGGCUUGGCAGAACGGAAUUGAAUGAGGAAGGAAUUGGGAUUCCGAGGUUGAGAUUUGUGGAUCAGAAGGUGAGGAAACAGAGUCGAGCCAUGCAUAGACAUAUCGGGAGACCACAAAGAGGGCUUCCUGAAAGCUGUGUGUCGAUCCUACGUGCAUGGCUGUUUGAGCACUUUCUUCAUCCAUAUCCAAAGGAUUCAGAAAAGAAUAUGCUUGCCAGACAAACAGGCUUGAGUAAAACUCAGGUCACGAAUUGGUUCAUAAACGCACGGGUUCGCCUAUGGAAGCCAAUGGUGGAAGAAAUGCACAAACAGGAAUCCAUAGAUUCUUCAACACCCAAAGUCGCAUGACUUUUUAAAAUUUUAACGCGACUGGUUUUACUCCAACAAGUUUUUCAUGUAAAUUCUUAAAAUCAAUCUAGUUUUUACUUCUUAUCAUCAACGAAAAAAAAAAGAACACAUGUAAAGAAGAGUUGCAUCUUCAUGCAUUUGCAAAAAAAAAAAAAACAGCCAGCACCUACUGUCAAAAUGUCAAACAACCAUUUCACAACAACCCUUUGCCAAAAUCUAUACGAAAAGUUAGCACAUUCUUGGUUCCUACCUUUCUAGUUACAUGUUUUGACUGUUAUCCACAUCCAAAUCCAAAUCCAACCUUCUUCCCAUUUGUGAU